GGCCAACUUUCACAGCCAUCCAUUGCAACUGGGAACACCAUAGCCUUGACUAGACGCACUUUUGUUGGCAGGGUGAUGUCUCUGCUUUUUAGUACGCUGUCUAGAUUUACCAUGGCUUUCCUCCCCAGGAGCAAGCGUCUUUUAAUUUCUUUAAAAGAAAGCGGGAGUCCAUCAGUUCAAAUCCCAUCUUAGCCAUGUAAAUCAGCUGAGUGACUUUGGGCCAAUCACCAGGAGACUGUGAGUUCUAGUCCUGCUUUGGGCAUGAAAGUCAGCUGGGUGACUUUGGGCCAGUCCCUUUCUCUCAACCCAACUCACCUCAGAAGGUGGUUGUUAUGGGGAAAAUAAGUGGAUGAAGAUGUGCUGGAUAUGUUUGCCACCUUAAACUGUUUGUAAAAAGAGGAAAUACGGAAUACAAACAAAUAAAUAACAUUUAUUGGGUGGGGAUUGUUGGAGAGGGAAAGUUUUAUACCAGGUCAUCGCAGAUUUUGCUGCCUCAUCGAAAGGCUGGUUGAGAACUUGUCUAUGCCAAAAACACACAGCGGCUGUGGCAUUAUCGUAGGCUGUGUAUCUCACAGCUGCUUCUCCAUCUGUCUUCUCCUGUGGCACUUCCUUGCCAUUUUUGGAAGUAUUUUGGAGGGUGUUUCGUGGACUCUGUUCAAAAGCAGGAGGAUCCUUCUAACACCGUUGAGAACGCCUAUCUAACUCAACCAAGGCAGCCAAGCUAGAGACCGACAAGAUCUCUCUAGUGGAUCUCCAAGCAGCGGACUUCAGGAACGGGUGGCUACGUUGGCUGACAUCAUGGAGAAGAAGUCCCUGUGUCUAUGUACAGUCCUUCUCGUGACCUUCUGCAUCCCUGGGAUCUUGACUGAGAAGAUUCUGGAAGGAAAGGCCUUUGUGUUCCCUAAGUCUUCUACCGACUCCUACGUUAUCCUGAGGCCCGACUUACAACAAGGGCUGCGACACUUCACCCUCUCCCUCGAAUUUUUCACCGAUUUGACCCGUAGCUAUGUCCUCUUCUCGGCUGCUUCCCAGGAUCACGACAACGAGAUCCUCCUGAUGCGACACCUUGAAGAAUACCACACUUGCGUGGGAGGAGAGUGCGCCGUUUUCAUCGUGCCCAGACUCACAGCCCGAUCUACCUUUCAUUGGGAAUCGAUUUGUACGACUUGGGAUUCAGCUUCCGGGAUAGUCCAGCUUUGGUUGAACGGGCAGCGCUUGCCAAGGAAAGGGGCAGCGAAGGGCUACCAGGUCAAGACGGAUCUGGUGAUGAUGCUGGGACAGGAACAAGAUUCCUACGGGGGCAGCUUUAAUUCGGAUGAGUCCUUUGUGGGAGAAAUCGCGGAGGUCUACCUCUGGGACAACGUCCUGCCUGCCGAACAGAUACGCAACAUGCAGAAACAUACCACGCCGGCCCCUUUAGUGGCCUGGACCUCGAUGAAAUUUGAAAUCCAAGGCUACGUGUUGACGGAGCCUUUGUGAAGCCUUCAGUCAAAGAGAAGGAGGAGGAACCUUCUUGAGAAGUUCUCACUUGCAGGCCUGAUCUCAGCAUUCCUCAACCUUGGCCACUUGGAGAUGUUUGGACUUCAACCCCCAGAAUUCCCUCGAAGCAUGUUUUCCAAACUACUCAAAAUUUCCGCCACCGGUUCUUCAGAACCUGUCAGAACCUGCUGGAUUUCACCCCUGCUUUGGGCUUAAUUGUGGUCGUAUGUUGAGGAUUACCUGUAAUUCUCUCUCAGCUAUGCUUUCAUUUUUGUCAGUUUUGUUGCUGAUAUUUUGCCCAAGAUAAAAAAACAGCUUUAUCAAUCAAUGAGAACCUCACUUCUGCCCUUAAAAGAUCUUCUGUAAUAAACCUGCUGUGUGUUUAUGAU